CUCCUGAAUAUGAAUAUGAUUGAUUGGGAAUUGAUGUACAAAACCACUGUGAAUCCUUCUGGAUUACUGAUCUCCUGAAUAUGAAUAUAAUUGAUUGGGAAUUUCAUUAAAAAUCACAGCCCUCAUUUUUCAUGAACAUAGGCAGUUCUCAGGCAGUUGAUCUGUCAAUUUGCUAAAAGUUUAGGGCCUUUUACCAUCACAAGAAUCUUGUUAUUGGUCCUGAAAAAGCAUAAAAAAGACAAAAAGGUACACAAGUCGCCCACUGCCUUGGAAAUAUACCUCUGAUACCAACCAAAGAAAUGGUUACUUGGUGUUUUUUAAAGAGGGAGAGUGUGUGAUCCUCAUAUUCUCUUUCAAUCCUUUGGAAUCUGUAAAGAAAUUCAACAAAGUACAGCCAUGCAGCGCACUAAAUCAUUACCCCUAUUGCACUUCACUCCCACUUCACAGCUAGGGGGGGCAGGCCCUAGCCCACCGGCCCAAGCCCCGGCUCGGUCGAGAUCGGGCCAAAGAGGACAUAACCUACUCUCCCCCAAGCCAUAUUAGGGCUGGGCCGAGCUGGACAAGCUUUAGCCUAGAAUUGGCCUGGUCCUAUCCUCCAAGCGUGGUUGCCUCGCUUAAGCCUGACCCUCAAGCCACAUUUUGUAUGCUAGUCCCUGAGUUUUUAGGUCUGGGUUAACCGGGCUGGGCCAACUGGUCCAUUGCUACUAUUGUUCACAGCCAACUCUCUCAGUAAAAAAAAUAGAUCUCCUUCUAGAAAGAUUCACUGGAUCUCUUUCUCUCUAAAAGAGGAAGGAAACAAAUAAAUGAAUAGAAAAUCAGAUGAGUUCUCUCUCUUCAUGCGCCGCUAGGUGUCGAUCUUUCAUCCCACUAACCACCCACAAAAAUCUAGGGCUUCUCCAACCCUAAAAGGAUGGAAGUUUAUAUAGAAAGCCUUUCCCAUUUCCUUCGUGAAUUUUGAGGUUAUGGCCAAGAGAACAAUCUGUAAAUCCACUGAGAUGCGCUCCAAACCCUGUGAGUCUUCUCCAUGCUUCUUCUGCACCAUGAAAGAGAAAAACACAUCAAAAAGAAGAGCAAGACUAACCUCAUACUUUAGGGAAAUGGCCUUCAAAGAUCGCCAUGAGAGUGUGCUGGUGCUCAGUGCUCUAUGGAACCUAGCCAUGACCCAACCCGAUGACCCUGAGUUCCCAAGGCUUGGCAUAUUCAAGUGCAUGGCAGUCCUCAUAUACAGAGCUCUCAAAGAUGACCAAUGGCUGUUAAGAGACCAGAACAUAUACAUACCAUACUAUGCAGCUCAUAUAAUAGGUUCUUACACCAUGAAUAAAGAAGAAUUUGCAGAGGAAGCAGUACGAGAAGGGGUUAUACCACCAUUAAUGGAGCUUUUAAGGGGAAAGAUGAGUUGGGUUGAGCAGAGAGUAGCCAUUAGAGCUCUCGGGCACCUUGCAAGCUACGAUAAGACCUUCGGUGCAGUUUCAGCCGAUGCGGAGAUAGUAGGGCUUGCCAUUAAUUUGUCCAGAACCAGUUUAGGCAUUGUCUACGACGAAUUUAGGAGGAUCAAAGAAAAGCGAGUGAGAUACCAUUGUGAUCUUUUAACAAGAGGAAUGGGUGGAGAAGAGAUGGAGGAUCGAAAGGCCGAGGAGUGGGCUAGCCAGCUUCAAUGCUGGUCUGUUCACUUGCUCAGUUGCUUUGCUUAUAAAGGGAGGCUCCUGAGACACAUUUGUGAGAAGGGUUUCCUCAAAGAGCUUUGUACUAUUUGGGGUGGGUUGCCUAACCAGAAUUCUCCUUCUGGUGUGGGGCUUAUUAGGGUUUUAUGUUACAGUAAGGUAGGCAGAAGCGCCAUUGCAGAGACCAAGGAGGUUUUGGAUUGUCUUUGUAAUCUCUCUAGGUCUUCUGAUGAGUGGCAAUAUAUGGGAGUGGACUGUUUGGUGUUACUCUUGGAGGAUCCCCAUACAAGGUAUAAGGUCAUGGACACAGCUGCCACUGCACUAACAGACCUGGCUGAACUAAGAAAUCUUAGUGGGAGAAAAGAAGUAGGAUCAGCAAUCAGUGGAGUACUUCUCCGGCAUGGAAAAAACACAGAGGCUUUUUCUCUCUCUACUCCCACAUUGAGAUCCCUAGAAGAGCUUUCAUACUUAAAAUUAAGGAGCAAGAGAGAGAAAGCUAUCGCAAAGAGGGAACUGCAACAAAGGAAGACACUGGCUAAAGCCAAAAAGCUUGAAGGGAAUUUGAAAUUCUUAUCAGGCGACAUCGAGGAAGCUAUAUUAAAGUACACUGAAGCCUUAGAGAUAUGCCCCUUAAGAGCGAAGAAGGCUAGGGUGGUGCUCUACAGCAACAGGGCCCAGUGCCACUUGAUCUUACAAGAUGCAGACACUGCGAUCAGCGACUGCACACGCUCUCUGUGCCUCGGGGAGCCUCCGAAUUCCCACAGUAAGAGCCUGUGGCGGAGGUCACAGGCAUAUGACAUGAAGGGUCUCGCGAAGGAGAGCCUCAUGGACGUGCUCAUGUUCGUUAAUGCGCGUUUCCUGCAACAGGAUUCAAUAAAGAUGCAUAACCGUAAGGUCCAUCGUAUUAUUCCUUACUUUGCUGCGAGGAUGAUCAAUAAGCAGAUGAGAGCUAUAUGGCUAUUCGCACGAAAUCACCAUGAAUUAGAUGUGGAAGAAGGAUCACAGAGAGAGACUGCAAGUGAAGACAUAGCACGAGGAAACCUUAACAAAGAAUUCAAAGACAAAGCCAAUCGGAAAUCUUCAGUUUCAGGUUUUGCUAAUGAAUUGAAGAGCUUGCCAACCAUUAGAGAAGGUGGUAGGAGAGAGAAGCAAGUGGGUGGGGAUGAGGCGGGCAGGCUCAAAGACGGGCGUCGAUGCGGAUGAUCCGCACUUGUUUUUGCUUUGCGUUGUGAGUGGAUUGUGAGGACCACUCCCCUUGUGUACAUGCACUCCUUUCUGCACUUUUCAUACCAUUUCGAAAAAUCGGAGGUGCUUUCUUGCCUAACUAUGACGGUGACUCGGUUCUACACUUUCCUGUAUUUUAUGGAUAGCGAUUGUACGUUCUUCUUUAGUGUUAUUAAAUUGUUCUUUUUACUUC